AUGCAAAAGGACAUUGCCAGCAGCAUCGAGGACUUUGCGUUGCGAUACGUCGAAAGCGGAGAAUCUCAGGGAGAAAUGGCUCUGGUUUUUCUGCGAAGUAAAGCCAAGAAGGGUUGGUUUGCUGAGCUCAUACCUUGGGAAGAACACCUCAUAACACUCAGUUUUCAGACCUCAAAGCCAUCGGCCAGUCCGCUGUCCAGUGCGCUAAUGCAAAUCACAACAUACUGUCUGCAGCAUAAGGAUCAGGUGCCGCCCUUGACCGGCUCGUCCGAUGCUAGCGUACCAUAUCGGAUCCUCGUUGAGCCUGCUUCCCCCGUCGAUCUAUUCUCUCCGACUUCGCCACCUUCUCACCCCAUGCGCCUGACCUCUCCUCCCCCGGCAUCGCUGACGACUGCAACCCCUGCGACUGCUAUCGCACAAGGUUCGUCAAUACCUUCGCGUCCCACCGAUGAGAACAUCAGCGGGAACAGUAUGCGCCAAGGUCUGUCCCCGGCAAGUGCCAGACUCGGGUAUCUGGAACAGGCGAAAGAUGGACUGAGAGCCGUGAGCGCCAAGGCAGGCGCAGGAGUGGGCUGGAGUGGCCGAGCCAUGGGCGCUGCCUUUGGAAAGGGUAACGGGUAUUGA